CAGUAAACCGGGCUUCAUUUAUCUCCAAACAUUUCUGUACAAACACCAGCUCUGUAAAGUAAAUGUAUAUAUUUAAGAAUUAAAGUAGCAAGACAAACAUGGAGAAGAGCACACAGAAGAUCAACAAUGAGGACCGCCAGAACUUUGUGGCCACUCGGAUGAGUCUGCCGCUUUUUAUGGCGUCUCGCAAUCGUAUUAGAAGGGAAAAUUUGCCGCGACUGGAGAAGCAAUUUAAGUUGGCUGGUCAGCAUUACAAUGUGGCUUGCCAAAAGGAAAACCGACGAGAGGCCUUCAGCAAGGCCACCUAUGACCAGUACCGCCACAUUACGGGCUUCGACAAGACGCCAAAGAAUCCGUAUCCGGAACGGCGACCGCUCCACAUCGAUCGAAACAUGACCAAAUGGAGGGGCUGGCAACUGCCCCCCAAUCAUUACGGAGUGCCCCCGGAACCGUACCUCCGGCUGAAGGGCACCAAGGGCUCCGUAUUCGCCAAGCCGCACACGAAUCACAGUCGGGUAUCCAUCAAACCACCGCCUUACCACUUCUACGAACUUCCGGCGGAAAUCGAGAGGCUCUUCAAGCGCCCGAACCUGCAAAAGGGCAUCUUCCUUUCAAAUGCCCGCGAUCGUCGACCGACCACGCACGCGAUGAUAUCCAAUCUGUCUGGCUGCUGGCGUAAUCCCAAGGAUGCCGGUCCCUGCGACACGCAUACAAACAUCUUUGAGCUGGCCGCAAAUGCCGUUCCCGUCACAAAGACACCGCGCCCCAAUCCGCACCUGUUCCUGCGCCUCUCCUGCGUGCCCACCAAGCCCAAUCGGUUGAUCCGGCGCCACAUUAGCAUGGAGCCGGCUCCUGGGCGUUACUGCACCAGUUAUCCGAACGUGUGUCCUUGUCCGGCGGGCAAGACCAGUGUGGCGGGACUGCAGCUGAUGAUCGAUGACCAGAAGCGUCUGAAGUUUCGCCGCUUGCCAUUUGAGAGGAUCAGUCGAAAGCGACUCUGUGAGCCGGAUUGGCGCCACGUCGAGGGACAGGGCCACCGGCAUCUCUUCCUGAUGGGGCGCAGGGAUAGACCAAAGCCCUCCAAGAAACCCACUUCCUCGAAAAAGCAGGGCAAGCCGAUCAGCAUGUAUGCCGAUUCCAAGUACAUUAACAUGCUGAGCCAGCCGCAGCGACAUCCCAUAUCCAUCCGGACGUAUCCGGUCCCGCCGUACGUGCCCAAGAUCACCUACAACUGUGCGGCCAAGCGCGUGAUCCGCAAGCAAUUGAAGAACAACAAGAAGAUCGCCUUCAAUAGUGGCCAGGAGCGGUGGAAGGAUGGCGAGCGACCGAUGCAGCUGACCGCCCGCCAACUGGAGGCCAUCAAGCAGAAGCUUCCGCCGGAGAGGCGUCUGAUGGACUACCCCAUUGAGCUGCCCGAGGUGAUUCCCAGUCGACUGACCCAGGUGCCCGACCACCAGCGGGUCACCUAUAUGCCCAAGUUGCGAAAGCGCCUGUUCAAGUUCCUGCCGAUUCCCGGCGCUCGGGUCUUGGUCACCGACAGCGACAUACGGCCGGACAUUGUUUUCGAUCCGGAGCACCCAACCGGACUGUAUCGGCGUAAGAUCGAUGAGACCGCCUUCUACAAGGACUCCGUGUUGCGGGCGAUGGAGAACCAGGAGGAUUUGGAUGCUAGCGGCUUGAACGAAUCGCCAUCCCAGUCCCAAUUGGAGUCCUCCCAUCACUCCGUAGGCCGGCACACUGAUGCCGUUUUGGAUCCGUCGCUACCCAAGAGCGUUUCCCAGAUAUCGGUUCAUGAAUAAUGUGGCCAAGGGGCUCUGCUCCACGUUUGUUCCAGUUUCAAAUCUUGUUCGUUUUUGAUUUAUGAUCCACGCCCCAGUGAAUUCACCGGGCCACAUGAAGUCAAGGAAAGCACUAAGUGAUGGCCGAAGAAAAAUAAGCUAAAAAGCCCUAAAUAAAGAUGGGAAAAUUAUUCACUUGGAAAA